AUGGAGUUCUAUAAUCCUCUUCUUAUUUCCCUUGUAACGUCGUCUUAUGUUGGUGGAUUUUCAUGCCUCACGAUCAAUAUUCAAUCGAAAGAGUUUGUUCCGACUCUUGACCAAUCCAAUUUUACCGGAACCAUAUGCAAGCAUGCACGAUCUUGUCGUCGGCAUUGGUUUCACUUUGAAACGUUGUCUUUUGUUGGUGGAUUAUGUAUCACGGUCGAUAGUAAAGAGCCAUCACAUUCGAAAGAGUUUGUUCUCACUCUUGAUCAAUCCAACUUUACUGAAACUAUUGGCAAACAUAAUUUUGUCGUCGUCGAAUUUUACGCACCUUGGUGUGGCCAUUGCAAGGACCUUGCUCCAGAGUAUGAGAAAGCUGCUUGUAUAUUGAGUAACAAUGGGUCCCCAGUAGUUGUAGCAAAAGUUGAUGUGAAUGAUGAAAAGAACAAAGAUGUGGCCAUUGAAUAUGACAUAAAAAGCUUCCCAACACUGAAACUGAUUAGAGAUGGAGGGAAAAGGGUACAAGAUUACAAAGGACCAAGGGAUGCACAAGGAAUAGUUGCUUACUUGAAGAAACAAUCUGGACCUGCUUCUGCACAAAUCAAAUCUACAGAAGAUGCUACUCAUCUUAUUGAUGGGGAUGAGAUUGUUAUUGUUGGAGUGUUCCCCAAAUUAUCUGGAGAGAAGUUCGAGGCAUUUUCAACUUUAGCCGAAAAUUUGCGUUCCAACUACGAGUUUGCUCAUACAUUAAAUGCAAAACUUUUACCACGAGGUGAUUCUACUGUGUCUGGACCUAUUGUCCGUUUAUUCAAGCCGUUUGACGAACUUGUAGUAGAUUUUGAGGAUUUUGAUUUGGAUGCCUUAGAGACCUUUAUUGAGGAAGCAACCAUUCCUAGUGUAACACUCUUCAACAAAGAUCCAAAGAAUCACCCGUUUGUCAUCAAAUUCUUUAACACUCCCAAUACAAAGGCUAUGCUUUUUGUGAACUUCAGUAGCAAGCCUUUUGGUGCUUUUGAGUCAAAAUAUCACGACAUCGCUAAUGAACACAAGGGAAAAGGAAUGAGUUUUCUGAUGGCGGAUGUUGAAGCUACUCAUGCUUUCCAGUUUUUUGGACUUACAGAAGACCAUGUUCCUGCCAUGGUUAUAAACAACGAUAAACAUCAUAAGUAUGUGAAACCAAACAUAGAGCCCGACCACCUUGAACUUUGGAUGAAGGAAUACAAGGAUGGAAAAGUUGCACCAUAUGUGAAAUCUGAGCCUAUACCUGAGGCGAAUAAUCAACCAGUUAAGGUUGUUGUUGCUGAUAAUUUCCAUGAUAUUGUUUUCAAGUCAGGGAAAAACGUUCUGAUGGAGUUUUAUGCUCCAUGGUGUGGAGAUUGCAAAGAGUUGGCUCCAAUCUUGGAUGAAGUCGCUUUUUCAUUUUCAAAUGAUGAUGAUGUUGUCAUUGCUAAGAUGGAUGCUACUGCAAAUGAUAUUGUACAUGAAGGCAUUGACAUUAAGGCUUACCCUACAUUGUACUUCAAGUCAGCAAGCAGAAACUUAUUUCCAUAUGAUGGAAACAGAACCAAGGAAAAGAUUAUUGAUUUCAUUAAGACCAAUAAAGAUCAAGAAACUCAGUAUGACUAUUCCAGAAAAGAGGAACUAUAG